CAUGAGAUACAAAAUUCACGAGAUUUUAGGCAAAUAAUUAAGCGAAACUGUCUAAGCUUUACUCCAAUCAUGCCUGACUUCCAGGCAAGCUACUUCACCAUCUUUGUUAUAUGCCUGAUCUGCUCCAUUUUGAUCACUAAACUAUACAAAUCUUCUCAUGUUAAAUCUGAUGUUCUACCAACCCCCUUUCGCCUUCCCAUUAUUGGACACCUACACCUCCUUGGUUCAAUCCCCCAUCAAGCUUUUCACAAGCUCUCUAAACGACACGGGCCAGUGUUUCGAAUCUUUCUGGGCUCCACACCCUGUGUUAUUGUUUCUACACCAGAAACAGCAAAGGAAAUUUUUAAAACACAAGAUGUUGCCUUUUUAGAUCGACCCCAAUACACCGUCGUCAAUUACUUGUCCUAUGGAUACAAAGGCUUUCUCUUUGCUCGUUAUGGAUCUUACUGGAAGUUCUUGAAGAAGAUUGUUAUGUCAGAACUUCUCAAUGGUAAAACAUUGGAUUUCCUUUUUCCAGUUAGGCGUGACGAAAUUAAUCAAUUUAUAAAACUUAUAUCCCAAAAGGCGAAAGAUGGGAAAUCUGUGAAUCUUGAAAGAGAGCUCAUGAGGUUGACGAGCAAUGUGAUAUCCAGAAUGUUUAUGAGUAAGAGGUGUUCAGAAGAAGAGGAUGAGUCAGGGGAUUUAACCAAGAUAAUAAGCAAGUCAGCCGAGCUUAUCGGAACAUUUAACCUUUCUGAUCACAUAUGGUUUUUUAAGAAUCUAGACUUGCAGGGACUUGGAAAAAGUUCUAAGGAUAUUCAUAGAAGAUUUGAUGCGUUGAUGGAAAGGGUCAUGAGGGAACAUGAAGAAGCAAGAAAGCAGAAGACAGGAGAAACAAAGGAUUUGCUCAACAUUUUACUUGAUAUAUCCGAAGAUAAGAGCAUGGAGAUAAAUUUAACUCCGGAGAACAUUAAAGCCUUCAUUCAAGAUAUAUUAGCUGCCGGAACAGACACUUCCGCUAUAACCACGGAAUGGGCUUUAGCAGAACUCAUCAACCAUCCAAAAAUAAUGAAAAAAGCAGUAGAAGAAAUUGACCAAGUCGUCGGGAAAAGUAGGCUUGUACACGAAUCGGACAUACCAAACCUUCCAUACCUCCAAGCAAUUGUUAAAGAAUCACUACGAUUGCACCCUACAGCCCCAAUGAUUCAAAGAUUAUCAACAAGAGAUUGCACCGUGGGUGGUUAUCAUAUUCCAGCAAACACUACAACUUUGGUCAAUGUCUGGAGCCUGGGCCGAGACCCUGCACACUGGGAAAGCCCACUUGAAUUCAGGCCAGAAAGAUUUGUAGGGAAGCAGUUAGAUGUGAGAGGACAACACUUCAAUUUAUUACCAUUUGGGAGUGGAAGAAGGAUGUGUCCUGGGACUUCAUUAGGGUUGUUGACGGUACAUACAACCCUUGCUGCAAUGAUUCAGUGCUUUGAGUGGAAGGCAGGAGAAAAUGGGAAUCUAGCAAGCGUUGAUAUGGAAGAGGGUAUUGGAGUUACCCUUCCUAGAGCUAAUCCUUUGGUUUGUGUUCCCGUUGCACGACUUGAUCCCAUCUCGUUGACAUUGUAAUACAUCAUUGAUAUAUUAUAUUCAGUGAAGAUAUUGAACCUUCCAUUUAGGAUUCUUGUUGUAAUACCCAUAAAUUAAACAAUAAAAUGAUGGCAAGAAUUAUAAAAAUAUCAA